AUGCGCGUUGGCAUUAUUGGACAAGACUCAAAACAUCCACGAUUCGUUGCCUUGUCGUCUAUUGACUUUUCUGAACAAGUUGAAGACGCGAAAGCAUCAUCGACAGAUGAUGUGACUAGGAGCCUAGAAAACCUAUUGUUGCAGCCAUGGCCCGACCUUUCAAAACGCCCGGGCUGGCACGUUCUGGUCUUUCAUGAACCCAACUUGGCAAAUAAGGACGUUUGUCGACUCCGGAUUUGUCUCACUGUUCAUCAUGCCAUCUGCGACGGAGAAAGCACAGCAAAAUUUCACACAUCCUUGGUUGACGCUCUUAACAAUCCUGAUCCCACCGUCGCGCUGAUGAUGGACAAAAGUCUUGUCGUAAACUUGACUGACGAUAUCCGCGACUACCCUCCCCCACAGGAAAAGCUCAUCAGCUUCACUGCGGACAUCUUCUGGAUAAUAUCCGGACUCUGGAAUAUGCUUGCACCAUCAUUCCUCAAGCCUUCUACAUCUCAGAAGUGGGCGGGCGAGCCUUGCAACCCUGAUAUUCAAGCCGCACACAUCCGCUACAUUUCGCUAAGCUCCGUGCUCACUCAAGCUGUAGUUAAGAGGUGUCGCGAGGAAAAGACUACAUUGACCAAUCUUCUCAAUGCCCUUUGCGCUACCUCCUUGGCGAGACGCGUGCCCCUGACCCAGCAGCAGGGCUUCGUCAAUCUCACAGCUGUCAGCCUACGACCGUGGAUUUCCGAAAAAGUGCAGUUCAACAAGGCUUGGAUGUCCAAGUGCGCGUCAUCACACGCCCAGGAAUUUGGACACGACAACUUAGUCAAGAUUCAACAGGCUGGGGAUGCUGCAGUCUGGGAGCUUGCGGUCGGAUUGCGACGGGACAUGAAGAGAAGAACAGACUCAAUACCCCAUAACGAGUAUUCCUAUCUUUUCCGCUAUGCUGGCGAUUGGCGUCAUGUCUUCCAGGCCAGAUACGGAAAGCCGAGGCGGGAGCUAUGGACGUUGAGCAACCUGGGUUCUAUCGCCGCCCCGGCGUCCAAAGGCCCCUGGGAAUUGGAGAAUAUGUUGUUUGCCCAGUUUGCGCCGAUUUUUAGCUCUGCGCUUGCGGUCAACACUGUAAGUGUUGAGGGCAGAGAUAUGAUGGUGUCACUUGUAUGGCAAGAUGGAAUCCUAGAGACAGAACUUGUAGAAGGGGUAAGAGACGACUUGGAAAGGUGGCUGCUUAACCUUGGAGAGGAGGGGAGGCUAGGAAUGUAG